CAGGCCGGGCCGCGGCCGGCGGCGCCCGGAGUCAGUUGUUGCGCGCGGGCGCGGCGGUCGCAGCCCCGUCCCGCGGUUCGCUUCUUUCCCGGGGUCCGGCAGCCGCGGGAACUGGCCCCGACGAAGCUUUCUCGGCGCAGCCGCCGCCUUCCCCUCGCCGCUCGUCCACGGGAGGUGGCCGCCAGGCUGCGGAGCCCUUGCCAGAAAAUGUUGCUGUCCUGACCAGUAGUCAUGAAGAAAAGGGGAUGAAGCAAAUUCGUCUGGAGAAGUAGGAAGCUUUGAAAUUUUCAGCGGGAUUUAUUGCCAGUAGCUGCUGAAGGUUUUGCUAAGUCAACUUGACAUUAGAAUGGAUGAAAUGUCUCAAACUUAAGUGUUUGAGCAAGCAUUGGGAGCAGCUGUGCUGAGCUGUGCAACCUCCCAUCAGACCAGGCCAGCGUCCUCCCCAGACCACGCACAGGAGUCGCGGGGCUGCAUCUCCACACCAGGGCACAGAAUGAUCACCGCUCAAAACAGAGCACCAUACUAAGUGAACAGAGUGAAAGCAUAUGGAUGAAAUUUUUACCAUGCACUGAACAGCAGAGCAUCAAGCACAAAGCUCUGGGAAAAUGUCUGCUUGCAACGCUUUCACUGAACACGUCUGGAAACCUGGGGAAUGUAAGAACUGCUUCAAGCCCAAAAGCUUGCAUCAGUUACCUCCUGUAUCCGAAAAAAAACCCCUCUCACAUGGAAACCUGAAAUCCAAUGCAAAUCAAACUAACAGCCAUCGUGGGAGAAAUACAGGCAGUUUCCGACCACCUGUGGCAAAGAAACCCACUAUAGCUGUGAAACCCACCAUGAUGGUCGUAGAUGGGCAGGGUGUAUGUGGUGAGAUCAGCACGUCAGAUCAUUGCGAAAGCAAAUCGGUGUCUGCAGGUUGGAACCGAAACAAAGCUGUCUCGAACAAAAAACCACUGAACAACAAUAACGAAGAUGAAAUUGAAGGUUAUAGCCACGUUCAUAGGCCUUAUGGCAACAAUGAAGGUGUAGGUAAGAUACCAAAUAACAAUAACAAUGGACUGACAGAAGUUUUGAAGGAGAUUGCAGGUUUGGAUACCACACCUCAGCUAACGGGAAAUGAGAUGAACUCAAGAGAAACCUUCUUGGGAAGAAUAAAUAAUUGUUAUAAAAGAUCAUUGGAAAGAAAGAUUCCUCCAAGCUGCAUGAUGGGUGGAAUGAAGGAUUCACACGGUAAGCAUGUUAUUCUGAGUGGAAGCACUGAAGUCAUAAGUAAUGAAGGUGGACGUUUCUGUUAUCCAGAGUUCUCUAGUGGAGAUGAGAGUGAGGAUGACACGUUUUUUGGCAGCAUGCAAGAAGAGCAUGAGAGCUGGGAUGAAAGUGAUGAAGAGUUACUAGCAAUGGAAAUUCGUAUGAGGGGCCAACCUCGCUUUGCUAAUUUUAGAGCUAACACCCUAUCUCCUGUUCAGUUCUGCAUUGACAAAAAAUGGAAUACUGUGCCUCUUAGAAACAAAUCUCUACAGCGGAUCUGUGCAGUGGAUUAUGACGACAGCUAUGAUGAAAUUUUAAAUGGUUACGGGGAAGAGACUAUGAUCCUUUAUGGGCAAGAGAGCAUGCAGAGCAUGAUAUCUUCUGAUUCUACAUCUCCUGAUUCUUCAUUGACGGAAGAGUCUCGUUCUGGAACAACCAGCAGUUCUUCACAGAAGCUGUGUAAUGGAGGAUUAUCUCCUAGCACUCCUCAGGACCUCAAAUUGAUUGAACCAGAAUAUGAAAGUCUUUGUGAUAACCAGCAAGUGAAGGAUGUGUCAGCAGCUCCCAGAAGUGCUCCAAAAACUCUAGAAACUCACAAGGCAGUCCUUGCGCUUCGACUGGAAGAGAAGGAUGGCAAAAUUGCGGUGCAGACUGAUAAGCAAGAGAAUAAAAGUUCUUCAGAGGUUGCUGGUCAAGCUGUAACUAUAAAUUUGGUGCCUGUGGAAGAGCAAGCUAAACCUUACAGGGUGGUGAACAUGGAACAACCAGUUUGCAAGCCAUAUACCAUUGUAGAUGUAUCAGCUGCCAUGACCAAUGAAUGUAAGGAGAAUCAGAGUGAAACCUCAGAAAACAAAAAUACAUCAUCUAACCCAAGCUCCCCAGUAACUCCAGGUGCACCUAUUGCAUCCUCAGCAGCAUCACCUGUACGAGUAAAUGCUAACCUGAAAAAAUCCAGUGCCAUCAGAUACCAAGAAGUGUGGACUUCUAGUACUAGUCCAAGACAAAAGAUACCUAAGGUGGAGCUAAUUGCUAACAGCUCAGGACCUUCUGUUCCUCCCAGGAAGACAAGCCACAAGUCAGCUCCUACAUCACCUACAGCUACAAAUGUUUCUUCAAAAACCAUACCAGUUAAGUCUCCCAAUUUAUCUGAGAUAAAAUUCAACAGUUACAAUAACGCUGGCAUGCCACCAUUUCCUAUUAUCAUUCACGAUGAGCCCACUUACGCAAAGAGUUCCAAAAAUGCUAUUAAAGUUCCCAUUGUAAUCAAUCCAAAUGCAUAUGAUAACCUGGCUAUCUAUAAAAGUUUUCUAGGGACCAGCGGAGAGCUGUCCAUCAAAGAUAAAACUACCAGUGUAAUAAGCCACACGUAUGAAGAAAUAGAGACUGAAAGCAAAAUGGCCGAAGCUGUAGGAAGUAAACCCCCUGAGCUUUCCCAGGCAAAGGGAAUCACUAGCAGCUCUGAAUGCAGGCUGGGUUCUGUGGCUCAAAAGGUCCAAGAGUUUAAUAGCUGUCUCAGUAAAAGUCAGAUCUCACCACAGAGGAGUCAUAGUUCUGACCACAGCUCCCCAACAAGAGUUCAAAACACAACCCAAGAGCAUGCAGCGAAAACAGACACAACGCCAGAGGCUUCUGUUGGCAGCAACAGCAGUAGAGAGAAUGCCAGCACGGUGCUUUCACAGAUUGUGGCUUCCAUCCAGCCUCCACAGUCUCCUCCAGAAACACCUCAGUCUGGACCCAAGUCUUGCAGUGUAGAAGAACUGUAUUCCUUACCCCCUGAUGCAGAUGCUACUAAAAACACUCUGGUACGACCCAAAUCUCUGUUUACAUCGCAGUCUGAAGUAGAGUCACCUAAGACAGUGGAAAACCCUGCCAUUAAAAUGCAGAAAGAGCCACUUUCACAGCCAAUUGCCACUCACUCUCCAAAGCCAGUGAGAGCCACCCCAAAUACCACAAGCCCCAAAAUAGAGCAAGCACCACCAUUCCCUCCUCCACGAUCCACCUCUUCACCCUAUCAUGCAAGUAACUUGUUGCAGAGGCAUUUCAGCAAUUGGACCAAACCAAACAGUCCCACCAGGUCAACAGAGGCCGAGUCAAUCCUUCAUUCGGAAAGUCGGCGAGCUGCUGAUGCAAAACCCAAACGCUGGAUAUCAUUUAAGAGCUUCUUUCGCCGUAGGAAAACUGAUGAUGAGGAUGACAAAGAGAAAGAAAGAGAGAAAGGAAAAUUGGUGGGUCUCGAUGGAACUGUUAUACAUAUGCUCCCCCCUCCUCCAGUCCAACGUCAUCACUGGUUCAGUGAGUCCAAGUCAGACUCCAGCGAGAAGCCAUCAAUCAUUUUCAUGUAUAGAUGUGAACCAGCACAAGCUGAACCAAAAGCUGAUCAUCAGAACAAGAGUGGAAUGGAGUCUUCUAUCGCAGAUGCACUACCAAAAGACCAAGGAGAGACACAGGAGAAGUCUCCAGAGAGCUCUGAACAGAAAAUAGAGAGCCAUUCAUCACCACCUCAGAUUCCCAAGAGAAUCCCCAGCACAUCAGAACACUGUGGAAUCAAUGGCUCGCCAGAGUUUCAAGACAUGAUUAAAAGACUCAAGAAGGCCCUGAAAGAAUUUCCUUUAAUGGGGAAUUGUGUGAGUGAGUACAGUGGUCAAGUGCCCGAUGACACCACACUGGAGGAUUUGUCCCCUCGUGUUCCUAGAGCUGUGUUUGUGAAGCAGGACAAUGGUGGCAGUGCCUCGGUCAUACCAGUGUCGUCUGUCCGUGUCCCACAAGGGGAGGAAGAAAAGGAAGAAGCUUCAAAUUCUCCUGACUUAAAUCCUUGCAGUGCUACGUACAGCAACUUAGGACAGUCGAGAGCAGCCAUGAUACCUCCGAAACAGCCAAGGCAACCAAAAGGAGCUUUAGAUGAUGCCAUUGCCUUUGGAGGACUAAUAGAUCAGGAAACAAUAAACAGCUUACAGCCAACACCACCUCCACUGCCAAAGAAAACAAUUUUGAGAGCUAACACAGAACCGACUCCCCGAGAUCUCCAGAAGCAGGCUCUGGAGAACAACCUGUGCAUUGUGGCCAAUCCCACCUAUGACAUUGACACCAACUGGGAAGCAAGCAGUGCCUGCUCUUCGGUCAGCCUGGAGCUCAAGGUACUGGACAAUGAGUCAGGAGAUUCCUUGGACAGGCCUACAGAAAAACUAAGGGCAACCACCUCUGCAACUAACAGUGUUUCCAGCCUAACCACUAUCAGUAUUAAAGAUCGGUGUUCCAAUAGCAUGGAGUCUCUGACAGGGAGACGCGUCUCGCAGACUAAGCAGGGCAAAGGUGUCCAGAAGCCACAGAGGCAAGCACUUUAUCGAGGAAUUGAAAACCGAGAAGAGGUGGUAGGUAAGAUUCGAAGCCUUCACGCUGAUUCACUGAAGAAGCUGGCACUUAAAUGUGAAGACUUGUUCAUGGCCGGACAAAAGGACCAGUUGCGCUUUGGGGUGGACAGCUGGUCGGAUUUCAGGCUGACCAGUGACAAGCCGUGCUGCGAGGCAGGCGAUGCAGUGUACUACCCAGCUUCUUAUGCAAAAGAUCCUCUCAACAAUUACGCAGUCAAGAUUUGUAAGAGCAAAGCUAAGGAAUCCCAGCAGUAUUAUCACAGCCUAUCUAUCCGGCAGAGUCUGGCUAUCAACUUUAACAUCCAACAGGACUGUGGCCAUUUCCUUGCUGAAGUGCCAGUUCGUCUCCUUCCAUGGGAGGAUGCCGAUGCACCAGAGGUGGAAGAAGAAGAGCGGGAAGAAGAGGAGAAAGAGACCAAGGAAAAGAACAGAGACACUCCUCCCAAUACAGAGGCUUCACAGAAAGAUAGCUCAAGCAACCAGGGCACCAUCAGCAAGCCACGCAGCCGCGUUGUGGUCAUCACACGGGAGGUCCCGUACUUAACAGUGGCUGACUUUGUGCGAGAGUCAGCACCCCGCCAUGCAAAAAGCCCAGAUUUAUAUGAGAGGCAGGUAUGUCUACUACUUUUACAGCUGUGUUUGGGCCUGGAGCACCUGAAACCUUAUCAUAUCACACACUGUGAUCUGCGGUUAGAGAACCUGCUGCUGGUUCAUUCCAGACCAGGAGGCAGCCCUCUGAGCUCUGAAUCCGUGGAACCCAGCCCCAGCACUGCUUGUCCAGCCAGAUUAAUAGUGAGCAAUUUCUCCCAGGCCAAGCAGAAGAGUCACAUGGUGGAUCCCGAGGUCCUACGGGAUCAGUCCCGCCUGGCUCCAGAAAUCAUCACUGCAACACAGUACAAAAAGUGUGAUGAGUUCCAGACUGGCAUCCUCAUCUAUGAAAUGCUGCACUUGCCCAAUCCCUUUGAUGAGAAUCCAGAGCUGAAGGAGAAGGAGUACACUCGUGCUGACCUCCCCAAGAUUCCUUGCCGUUCCCUCUACUCUCAAGGGCUUCAACAACUUGCCAGCUGUCUGCUGAAUCCCAACCCUUCAGAGAGGAUCCUCAUAUCAGAAGCCAAGGGAAUCCUCCAGUGUUUGCUUUGGGGUCCACGUGAGGACUUGUUCCAUGCUCUCAGUACAUCUUCCAACCCCUCACGGAGAGAUGCUGUACUUCAGAACUGGCUGGAUAUAAAAAGGACGCUGCUGAUGAUCAAGUUUGCAGAGAAGUCCUUGGAUAGGGACUGUGGAGUCAUUCUGGAAGACUGGCUUUGUUGUCAGUAUCUGGCUUUUGCCACUAUAGACUCACUUCAUCGCAUUGUGAGAAUCAUGCAGCAGCACUAGUUUGUAGAGCCUGUUGCUUUUCAUGAAGCACCCUCACCUCCACCCCAGCCCUCAUGCCAGCCUGUCCUAGGGCUCACACUUGUACAAGUGUUAAGAAGUAGCCUAGAUGUAACAAAGCCAGCAACUCUGAGCAAAUAGGUUCUAAUUGGAGAAACUAUGUCCUGUACCCAAUAUGACAGAAAUUUUCUUUGUUUGCCAGGCCUGUUAGGAAUUGAUUAUAUUAUAUAUCCAUGAGUGCAUUUGGAUCAGACAGUAUGUAAUUCGAUUAAUAUCUGGAUGAAAAGGAGAGCAAACUUUGAGACCACUAUUCCUAUGACUGCAGUAAACAAAUUGCCCUCCUCUUCUCAGUAGUCUCUGUCGUUUCCAUAUGUAGCAUUGGUUAGUGAAUAGCAGUGACCAUAAGCAGAGAGGGGUUAGUUGUAAACGUCAGAGGAAUGAUCCACCAUGCCAUGAAACAUUCACUUGCUUUCUGUCAGCUUGGUCAGUUGCCCACAAGCAGGCUUUCCUUUGGUCUCAAACGAAUGGAUUCUGAUCUUUCUCUUAAAUGCUUUACACCUUUUUUACCUCCCCAGAUGUAGUUAUGCUGCUGACUGCAGCAAGUGUCAGUGGGCAGUAAACGUCUGUGUCAAUCCUCUUCCUUCCUUCCCUGCCUCUGACUCACUGCCUACCCAUAUUUCUCCUAACCAUGGAUCAAUGGCUUCAACAAUGCUGCCUUAAUCAGACCAUUACUCUUAGCUUAAGACCUCUGCGUUAAAAACCAGAAUAUGCACGCUUUGUCUAUCCCAUUUCCUACUGACAUUCAUCAGUCUGGACUGUAGCUAUAACCACAAUUAUACAUGAACAAAACAACACAUGGUGGCAAUUGAAAUUCCCCUUCCAUCACAAAAGGCACUAAAGCCUGAGUUGAAAUGGAUAGGACGUAUGUAACCUUCUCUGACAAUCACUGCUAUGAAUCAGGGAUGAAAAUAACAGCCACCUCUUCUGGUUUAUUUUGGUCUGCUCUUGUCACUUGUGCCAUAUUGCGAAGCGGGACUGAAAUUGGCUCUGCUGGUAUGUUGGCAGGAGAUAGAAAUGUUUAGAGCUUGUCUGUGUGUAGCUAACAGGCCACAUGGAGACACUUUUACUGCACACACAGUUCUCUGAAGGAUAAAAACAAGGGGGCAAAUACACUGUUGUUUAAUUAUUGAGGGAGCUGUUAAGUUUGGCAGCCACAACUAACAGUUUCGUGAUCCAUUUCUCCUGCAGCGGUGUUUGGCUGCCUAUCUCUCGUCUGUUGUAACUAGUGUUUUGUAAUGUUGCUAUAGACAACACCCUAAAAAUGGAAUGUUGUCAGAAUAGCUUGAAGAGCAUUUCAGACAGAGUUUUGGACUAGAGCAGCAAUUAGUGAAGAUUAAAGGGACAGAAUUUUCACUCACUCAACCUGAAGGAACUUUUCACAGGCCGCUGGCGCCUCCCUUCCCAGACCUAGGGGACGCUUCUAAUGGAACCUCCACAGCUGUACAGAUGGUGUCUUUGCUCAGCUUUGCUAGGCUCUGAAGUGUUUGCUGAAUCACUCUGAAGAACUGAUCUGGAUACAGGGGAAAAAGUGAUACCGAAUAGUCUGACCUGGGCGCCGGAAAGCAGACAGCCCUAGUUAUGAGCCUAUGCUUCUCUCCUAUGGAUCUAUGUGCAAUUCUUGUAUGUAUUUUUUUUAUAGCUGUAUGUUACAGUGUUCACUUUACACAACAGCCUUUACCUGAUGCUAGGUCUGCAGUCCCUUCCUUUACUUUCCUGACACAUAAAUGCACAGAUACCCGUGUGUUCUUUUUAUGGAUUGAUGUUUCGUUUUAAUUGUUAAAACUGUGAGGAAUCAAUUCACUUUAGCCUUGAACAAAUAGCCACUUUAUACAGCAUAUGCAUGCUUGGACCAGAUGCAUGGAAACUGAACAAACAGUCCUGCAGGCUUAAAGUCAGCAAAACGAGCUCUGGAUCCACAUCAUACGUUUGGAAGAGUUGAACCAUCUGUAGUAUUCUUCUCUGGCAUCUAUCAGAGCUAAGCUGAAUAGUGUAUGGAACCCUACAUCGAUUGUGCCGUAGUAUAGACUGUCUUUGUGACCUUGCUCAAGAUUUUUUUUUGAAAUUUCUGAUUAUUAUUCUUUUGUUUGAUUCACCUGUAUCAGUGAAGGAUCAGGCAAGGAUAAGGAUAAUAUAUUUUAAUGUGAUAUAUCCUUCUCUUUUUGACAAAAAGGUUAGGAUGGCAGCAUUGAUGUGGAGAGGAGAGUGCACUAAAAGCCCAGGUGCAAUGUAUGCUGUUGUACUUCCACCACAUCAGGAAAGAAAGUUUCUACACUACUGCCGAGUGCUUGCUAGAAGAACCAUUACAAAGAAUCACACACAUGUUCAAUGCAGCCCUGCUUUAUCUGGACACAGGAGGGCAAUGCUAUCAUAGCAUAAAGACACGAAGCAUGACACGUCACUCGCAUACUAUCUACUGGCUGUUAGUCACAAUGUGCUACGAGUAGGGCUUCUUGUUCUCUGUGGUCUGGUUUUGUGUUUCUUUCGUAGUGCACGUGCACACAUAAAUCCUGUAGGCCAGACAAGCGAUUCUUGGGCCGCUUGCCAUUGCAGUGGACUCCUUCCUUGAAGCUGGUAGGUAUUUCCAUGUGUAAGGACACAUGUUCUCUGUGUCACUUUCAUGUCAACACGCACAUGCAAAGGUGAACUUUGAAUGUUUUGCAGCCGUACAUACUUAAUGCAGCUGGUCCGAAGCCUUUGUAUCUCUAGCUACCUUACUUCAGUUUGUAUCUCUUGUGAUGAACCAAUACUCAUUUUAGCUCUGCAGUAUAAUCAAGCAUGGAUAGAUGUUCACUACCAAUCUCUUUCUUUUGCAGCACUGGGUAAACUUUAGCAAAUUGUAAUGUUGUGUGUUAUUUUUCUUUGAAAAAAGAAAGAAUGGUCAAGUAAUCGAAUACAAUCAGGCCUGAGCUAUUCCUUGGGGAGCUUGAGGCUGACUUUGCAGAUAUGCCCGUAACUGAUGAUUGUAACUGUGUUUCUGGCGGUUCUCCAUUCUGGCAACAGAUUGUGCCACAUAAAUAUAUGAGAAUGUAUGCAUUAAACUGAUUGUAAACAAAUCCUAAGAAUGCUACAGCAUAAUUGCUAAGCAAAAGGAAAAAAACCCGCUCUGUUUGUAACUGGGAUCCUGAUGGCAGGAACAAAAGCCCUGGCUGUGCACGUUAUAACUUACUGGAGUAUGUGCACAGAUCUUGAAAUUUUUUUAGCAAUGUCGCACUUUCAGUUGAGCUCAAGAAAUAGGAAGAGCUGCAAAUCUAAGAUAACAGUAUUGACUGUAAAUAUAUAUUUUUCUAUUAAUAAAAGCUGUCAUUCAAAUAUUUUUAACAUGAACUCUCAAGAUUUUUCUGGUGGAAACUAAUUUCUGGAAAAAUCAAAUGCUUGAACAAUUAUGAUGAGUGGUUUCUGAUCCUGUUAGAGCCAUUAAAAACCUCUCUAAUGUUACAGAGAGAGCACAGUGAUUGGAUUCACAAUGUUUAGUGCCUUGUCAAAACACUAAAAUGUAGCUGGUCAAUGGUGAAAAAUCUCAUUUUUGUCUUAAUAGCCCUAGAAAUAAUACUGCCCACGUUAAGAUGCAAAAGACUUAACAGAAUUAAAUGCUGCACUUUGGAUGAGACUGAGUGAGGUUUGGGUUUAGAAUUUAUGUGAGUGAGUUCCUUUAACUUGCUUGUAGUACAGCAUAAUCCUGAAGUAACAAAAUUAGUGGGCUUUCAAAUUUGGGAUUUGCACAGGGAGAAUAAUAGUGGAUGAGUCAAUUGGUCUAGACUGACCAUAGCAUUGAAAGAAGCCUAUUGCUUUGACAAUCUACUGCAGACAAUUCAGCUUCUAGGAGAAGAGCGAUCUGAUAGUCUGGAAGAAACAGUAAAGGUAAGAUGUGCUGCUCCUGCUGUAGGUAGUGGAUGUGCUCUGUGGUGUGAAAUGCAAACCUCCGUUAAAACAUGAGUUCUAAAAAACUACUCCUGAGAUGUUACAGUAAAUGGUUUUGUAUUUCCUAAGUGAGAAUUACUUAUUAAUUAUCUUUCAAACCUCAGACCUGAUCUGGUCGAUAUGCAUAACCAGGUGAAUAUAAGACAGUCUACUAGUAAAAACUUGCCUAAAAAUUUUCAGGAAUGAGGGAAUCCAGAAUAUUUUUCUGGAGCCUCUGGAACAUCCAAAUAUAGAAGCCUGGUCUCACUUCAAUAUUCAGACAUGAGGAAGCUGGGAUAUCGUGUUGCUGGCCCACAGACAAGCAUGCACGUAGCAUUUUCAGAAAUGUUCCACCUUAGAUCUUCUGUGCGACACACGUCCUAGCAGCACCCACCAGGUGUGAGUGGAUCAUUUUGAGACUUUUAACAUGGGGAAAUUCACACAUAUUAGAGAUAAAAAUACAUUAUUUAAACAAAUCACGUGUAUGUUAGGGUUCAGCUACUUGGAGAAUUUAUUCAGCAGCACCACACUAUAGGUCCUUAACUUUAAUAUGUAAAAAUAGUAUUUGCUGCUGAAAUGAAAAUCAGUCUGUUUCUCCAUUCAUCUGUUGAGAUGCCUCACCUCAAUUUGUUUGUUUGUUUGUUUGGAAUAGCAAUUAAAUUCAUGUGUAAAUAUAAAUUAAAUAGUCCUGCUUUUAUUUAAAUCAAUUACAACUUUUCUGAGGGAUGCAAUGGGAACAAACUGAAUCAGACCUUUAAAUGCACUUUCCUUUCCCCUUUUCCCCAAAUGGCAAUUAAACUGUUUCUCUGUAGAAACAGUACAUGACCAUUAUGCCCUGUAUAACUAGGCCAUCUAUUUUACUGUAGUUUUGCAGAAGUACUGUUGGUUCUGCUGAAACUCCUGUAAAAUUUAGAGCGCAGUCAGAGCCCUUCAGUCCAUGUAAAGUGACAUGAUGAUUUAGUUAUGCAGUAAGAGAGCAUCAAAGAAAUACCUCUAUAAAAAUACACCUGUGGAAAUAUUCUGUAAACAAUCUGGAUUCCAGACACUUCAGGGGAGGAAUACACAAAAAAUACUUGUGAGAAAUGUCUUUAGAACACCUUCAACUCGAAAAGGAGGAGUGAGUUUUUCCCUUUCCAUUCUCUGGGUUGCAGAGAAUUUCUAGUAGACAUUUGUAUGGAUUUUAUUAUUCACCUGGAUGCAGCAUUAGAAGGAUGAUGAUUUUGCAUAGGUAUAGAAUGUAAUUUAAAUAAUUUCCUGUAUGUCUCCUUGCAUUGGUGCUCCACUCAGUGUUCAGUUGGAAACCACAGAAUGCUUUCAGAUCAAGCAGAGUUGCCAGUGACAAUUGAAGUACUCAGCUUACCUGUACAUAAGCAUUUUACCACUCUACAGAAUUUGAUAAUUUGGUUUGUACUUCAAACUAUAAAGAUUUUUUUUUUCCAUAAAUGGAAGGGGAACAUUUCAGGGAUUUAGAAGAAGCUGGAACUUUUUUUAUAUGGAGGAAAUAUUUGUUCAUAUCUCUAUAUACAUACAUAUAUAUAUGGGUGUGUCUGGGCAUGGUUUAAUAUAUAUAUGUAUGUAUAUGACUUUUUCUAUCCCAAAAGUAUUCUUUGCCCCUUUUUGCUUGAAAAUAUAUAUAUUAUAUAUUGUAUAUAUAAUAUAUAUUUAAGAGUGUGUAAAUUUGAAUAUAGUCAUUUCAUAAAUAACACCUUCAGAAAUUACUUGAAACUUCUGUUUCUUUGACCUUUGGCUUGUUGGUAUUAGAAGGUUUUGCAGUUGAAAUCCUUGGGUUUUUUUCUUUUAAAACUUAAUUAUGCUGAGCAUUUAAGAAUAUGUUUUUAAUAAAAAGGGGAAAAUUAUUUUUAAAUUAAGAAUUCCAAAAUUGAUGGACUUUUGUAAGUGGGGUUUCUUUAAAUCCCUUGAGUAAGGGAUUCUAUUUUUUUAAUUUUAACUCCAUUCUUGUGGGUAAUUUGUAUUGGAAUUCCUGGUUGCAUUGCUUUAUCUGGUGCUUCAUAUUGAUAUUUACACAUUUUUAUAUAAAUAAGUAUCUAAACUUCAGGCCUUCCUUUGUGAUCAGGGGCAGUUACACUCUGGUUUGCUGUGGUACUUUGCUGUGUACUCUGUGGCGUUCAUGUUACUGUGUAAAUAAAACAGUUUUAUUACACUCAAA